UGAAGAUUUCUACAUUUCUCCUCAUUACCAUUCGCAAUUUCAUAUUACCUAAACAUAUAAGUGUCAACUUUAUUAUAUAGUAUACCUAUAGCAAUAAAAAUUAAUAGAAAAUAUGACGAUGGACAUACGACCCAAUCAUACAAUUUAUAUAAAUAAUUUAAACGAGAAAAUUAAAAAGGAGGAAUUGAAAAAAUCUCUGUAUGCUAUUUUCUCGCAAUUUGGCCAAAUAUUGGAUAUAGUGGCUUUGAAAACACUCAAGAUGAAAGGACAAGCUUUUGUUAUAUUUAAAGAAAUAUCAAGUGCUACAGUUGCACUGAGAAGUAUGCAAGGCUUCCCGUUCUAUGACAAACCAAUGAGAAUCCAAUAUUCAAAGUCAGAUAGUGAUGUCAUUGCAAAAGUGAAGGGUACAUUCCAGGAAAGGCCGAAACGUCCAAAACUUCCAAAAAGUGGAGAUGAUGCCAAGAAGAAGAAGAAUAAAGAAGCUGGACGGCAUGCUGCACAUGGUGUUGGUCAGCCUAGUCUACUCAACAAUGUCAAUGUUGAACAGCCACCAAAUCAAAUCCUAUUCCUCACCAAUCUACCAGAUGAAACAUCAGAGAUGAUGUUGUCUAUGCUUUUUAACCAAUUCCCUGGUUUCAAAGAAGUCAGACUUGUUCCAAACCGACAUGAUAUUGCUUUUGUUGAGUUUGCUAAUGAAAUGCAAUCUGCUGCUGCUAAGGAAGCACUCCAAGGGUUCAAGAUCACUCCCACUCAUGCUAUGAAGAUAACCUUCGCCAAAAAAUAAAAUAUUUUUUUAUUGUAAUUACAUAAGUAAUAAUAAACUUUAAGAACCAAUGUGAGAUCUGUUUGAAGCAUUGCACUACGCUUGAAUGGCUCUCUUCGGCUGUGACUAGUUAAUUUAUG